CCCAAAACAAGCGCUCUCAUGUCUGUAAGGAGAAGACGAGCUGUCACGAACUUCACCUCGCAGCUAUAAAUAUGAAGAAAAACAAGGGGAAAGUGAACAAUGCUGCGGAGAAGGAAUUUGUGUUUGAGUUCAGAGCAGGGAAACACAAUUGUGUCCUUAAAGUGCCCCUGCAAUUUCCUGUUCAAGAGAACAUAAGUGACCUUCAUGGUCGUCUUGUGCUACUACACAAAAUACCCUGCUUUGUAGAAAAUGAGCUUAAGACCUCACUCUACAGCUUCAUUGAAAGAGAGACCAUCCAGGAUUAUGACAGGGAGGCAGAAUUGGCUCUGCAGAGACUCACAACAGGAGAUAUGGACAUAAACCAGCUCACAAAUGCAUGGGCCAAGUCCUAUGUUGAGACCACAUUGGAGCAUGCUCGGCCUGAGGAGCCUAGCUGGGAUGAGGACUUUGCAGAUGUUUAUCAUGAGCUAAUCCACUCCCCUGCCUCAGACACCCUUCUCAAUCUGGAGCACAACUACUUUGUUAGCAUCUCCGAGCUGAUCAGUGAGAGAGAUAUGGAGAUCAAGAAGCUACAGGAGAGGCAGGCAGCAGAAAUGGAAAAAGUGAUGCUGGAGCUGGGGAAUACCCUGAAUGACCAGGAUGUAAACACAGUUGCUGCUCAACACUUUGAAGCACAACAGGUGCUGGAGAAUAAGUGGGCUAGUGAGCUGAAGCAGGUGACCGGCAUCCAAAAGCAUGAGUACCAGGAGUGGGUUAUCAAACUUCACCAGGACCUGCAGAAAUCCAAUAACAGUAGUAAAAUCACUGAAGAGAUCAAGAUGCAGCCCAGCCAGUCAUCGGAGCUUGCAGACUCUGGGGCCAGGCUGUAUGAGGAACAGCCACAACUUGAAGAGAGCUUUACUAUACACCUCGGCGCCCAGCUGAAGACCAUGCACAACCUGCGGCUUGUCAGGGCAGAUGUGCUGGAUUUUUGUAAGCACCGCCGUCAUGGCAGCAGUGGCACCAAGCUGCGUCGACUGCAGACGGCCCUGUCCCUCUACUCCACUUCUCUCUGCGGUCUGGUGCUGCUCGUUGACAACAGGGUCAACUCCUACAGUGGGAUCAAGAGAGACUUCGCAACAGUGGCAAAGGAGUGUACAGACUUCCACUUUCUCCGUCUGGAGGAGCAGCUGGAGGUGGUGCAGCAGGUGGUGCUCUAUGCCAGAGCCCAGCGGAGCCGCAAGCAAAAAGACCAGAAUGAGGCUCCAAGGAAUGGCAGUGAUGAUAAGAACAAAAAUGUUGAGAGAAAUCCUGCUAAUAUCUUGCCAGGUGAGUUUUACAUCUCACGGCACUCCAACCUGUCAGAAGUCCAUGUCAUUUUUCACCUGUGUGUGGAUGACAACUUGCGCUUAGGGAACAUCACGGCCCGAGACCCGGCCAUCAUGGGCCUCAGAAACAUCCUGAAGGUCUGUUGCACCCACGAUGUCACUACCAUCACGGUCCCACUGCUGUUGGUACAUGAUAUGUCAGAGGAAAUGACCAUCCCAUGGUGCCUCAAGAGAGCUGAGCUGGUAUUCAAAUGUGUCAAAGGCUUUAUGAUGGAAAUGGCCUCGUGGGAUGGAGGUAUCUCACGCACAGUGCAAUUCCUAGUGCCAAAGAGUAUCUCAGAGGAGAUGUUCUACCAGCUGAGCAACAUGCUGCCUCAGAUCUUCCGUGUCUCCUCCACCCUUACACUCACAUCCAAGCACUAAUGGAGUGACGCUCAACACAGCACCAUCACAACGUUGGGGUCAACAAAGAACUUGCUUUUUUUUAUGGGAAUGGAAAGCUCAAUUUUUUUUCAUUGCAUUUCACACUACCACAUUACUUAACUAACAGGGACUAAAAAUACCAGGGAUGGAUUUGUGAAGUGGAGCAUGCAUCCAUAUCACAUUUCAGAGAUAAGAUCAAGAUAUAAUACAGUGGCAUUAAAGCACAUUUGAAAUAGAGGUGGGAUUUGAAGGUUCAAGAGGCAUCGGUGCUUGAUCUGCAGAAGCUGUGUUAUUUUCACACCCACUGCAGCCGUUCACCUAAAGAGAUAUGGUGAUUAACAUUUCAAACCUUAUGGGUGGAGUUUUUGUGAUGUACAAUUUUAUGGUUAUAACAAUAAUUUUCACCUCAUAUGCAAACUUUUACUGGAUGAAUGAUUGUACAAUCAUAAAGCAUAUUCUCAGCUGUUUGAAACAAUGAAGGCAACUGUUGCCGUACUAGCUUUCCAUUAAGCUUUUUUUUAAAUAAUUUUUUUUUUACAAAAAACAUCGGUUUGUUUCAUUCGUUGGUUCCUUCAGAUUUAAUCAAGAUUGAUGACCACAGACUUCAGCUGUCACAUGAGAUUGAGUAGUUUAAUCCCACAGGUAAUUGGCAUCAUAUUUGGCGGGAGUAUUGUCCAGGAAAAAAGUGACAUGAACUUGGCUCCUCUACCCCGAAAGAUGAAUUGUGUUGCUGCUGAAACGGGCAUUACGCAUACGUGUAUUUAUGCUGCAUUGCAGUGAAUCAUAGUGAGGAAGCGCGUGCGUGCGCACAUGCGUGUGUACGCACACAUGCUGGUGGGCCUGCCCUUCUACUUUUUAAACAGCAGAUGGCACUGUUCCUGAAGACAGGCUGUAAAAGCAUGACUGGAAAGACUUGUAUUACUGAAAUGGAUAGAGGCUCGCUGCCUCUGUUGAAAUUAAACGUGAAAACCAUUUACCUCCAGAUUUGUGACGUGAUAGAUUUGGAUGUGAUAGUUUUCUGAAAGUUAAUCCCUUUUGGGUCCAAUACUUCCUAUGGGAUAAAUGUCAAAUUCAGUUAUUUAAUGUACACUUGGACGUGUUCAUAUGUGCAUUGUUGAUAUUUCCGUCUACCCCAUAUGUUUACAUGUUGUUUAUAUGUCGCACAUUUUUAAAUGGGA